UCUCACUAUCUCCCUCUCUUAUUCUCUUCUCUCUCCCUCUCUAGAGAUUUGAGGGCAUCGCGCUCCUAGGAAUCGCGCAUUGCUUUGCGCGAUUGAGUCGCAGGUGGUCGAUUGAUCCAAACAAUGAUGGGGCCGAGCCCAACGCUCGUCGUCUUCUUUGUGGGUGUGACACUGGCCGCUCUCGCGGGCGCCGAUGAGCCACCGGUUUACAAGUACGCUUCCCCGCCACCGCCGACAUACUACUACAAAUCGCCGCCUCCACCGGUGUACAAAUACAAGUCCCCGCCCCCGCCCGUCUACUCGCCGCCGCCGCCGGUGUACAAAUACAAGUCCCCGCCACCGCCGGUGUACUCGCCACCUCCGCCCGUCUACAAAUACAAAUCCCCGCCACCACCAGUGCACUCGCCCCCUCCUCCAGUGUACAAGUACAAAUCUCCACCUCCACCGGUUUACAGCCCACCACCGCCAGUUUACAAAUACAAGUCUCCGCCACCCCCAGUUCACAGCCCACCACCACCGGUUUACAAGUACAAAUCUCCACCACCCCCGGUUUACAGCCCACCACCACCAGUUUACAAAUACAAGUCUCCGCCACCCCCGGUUCACAGCCCACCACCACCGGUUUACAAGUACAAAUCUCCACCACCCCCGGUUCACAGCCCGCCUCCACCAGUGUACAAAUACAAGUCUCCGCCACCUCCGGUUUACUCCCCACCACCUCCAGUGUACAAGUACAAAUCCCCACCACCGCCAGUGUAUUCUCCACCUCCUCCGGUGUACAAGUACAAAUCUCCACCACCUCCAUACCACUACUAAGCGUAUUGGAACACAGAAUGUUCAUUCUGGGAAAGAGAGAAAUAUUUGAGCGAGCGCAUGCAGUUGCUGUUUUUCUCUUGCUCGAGCAAUGUUGGACGAUCUUGUUUGAGCGGGAUGGGCACUGGCAAAUGUUGUGUGAAUCAUUAUUUUGAUCAUAUGAAAUAAAUAAAAGGCAAUCUUCUGAGCAUCA